UUGUGUUUUUUAUUUAAGUCAGUCGUAUUUUAAGAUUUUUCAAGUGAGUUUUUGUGUUGUCAUUUGUGUUUAUUAAUGUAAUUGGAGUGCUGGAAAGUUUUCAAAAUGCCAGUGUUUCACACGAAAAUUAUCGAGAGCAUCUUGGAGCCGGUGGCUCAACAGGUAUCGCGGCUGGUGAUCUUGCACGAAGAGGCAGAAGAUGGCAACGCUAUGCCCGACCUGGCGCGCCCCGUGCAAGCUGUCUCCCUCGCCGUCAACAAUCUCGUUAAGGUGGGUCAUGAGACGAUCGAGUCGUCAGAGGACGCGAUCCUCCGGCAGGACAUGCCGGGUGCGCUGCGACGCGUGGAGGGUGCGGCGACCUUGCUGCAGCAGGCCUCCGACAUGCUGCGCGCCGACCCAUACUCCGGACCCGCGAGAAAGAAGUUGAUCGAAGGCUCUCGUGGCAUCCUGCAAGGUACAUCUGGUCUUCUGCUAUGCUUUGAUGAGUCAGAAGUCAGGAAAAUUGUCAAGGAAUGCAAAAAGGUGCUCGAUUAUCUAGGAGUUGCUGAGGUGAUAGAUACAAUGGAAGACCUAGUUCAAUUCCUGAGGGACAUCUCACCAGCUCUGUCCAGAGCGGCAAGGGAGGUGGCUGCGCGUGCGGCGGAGCUAACACAUCCGCCGCACGCGGAGACUCUGGCGCGGUGUCUCGAGAGCGUGAAGCAACUCGCGCCCGUCCUCAUCUGCGCCAUGAAGAUAUAUAUACAUAUACUUACUGAAGGUGGCAAGGGAAUGGAGGAGGCGGCAGAGAACAGGAACUACCUCGCCCAGCGUAUGGCUGAUGAAAUACAUGAAAUUAUUCGAGUUCUCCAGCUGACAUCAUACAUAGAGGAUGGUGGUGAGAAGGACAAUGUGUCAUUGCUGAAGGCGCUACAGACACAGAUACACAGUAAAAUGGCACCUGCACAUGAAUUCCUUAAUGACACCUCUGCGCUUCGCAACAGCGGGUCAGAGCGCGCUUUUAGGUCUGUAAUGACGUCAGCGCAGCGCGCUGCUGACCACCUCGCUACAGACCUCAGUGACACUCUGCGUCGCGCCGUCAGGUCUGGAGGUAUCAACGCUGAUCACUUAUGUGAUGAGAGACAGCUCGGCCGCGGCAGGGAGACAAAGGCUUUGAACUUGUCUUCGGAGUUGCGCGGUCAACUGAAUGAAGUGGAGGGGAUAGUGAACGAGGGGGUGAGGGUGGCGGAGAAGCAGGGGGGAAAGACCAUACAAUCCAGACUGGAGAGCGCACACAAGUGGCUGCUGCAGCCGGCGGCGGACGCGCUCACCCGCGCGGAGGGCCAGCGCGCCAUCGCCAGCGUCGUCGCACAGGGACACAGGAUAGCGGAAGGUCUGCAAGGCCGGGAGAAGGCGGAGGUGCUGCAGCUGUGCGGCGACGUGCAGCGGCUGUCGGACAAGCUCGCGGACUUGUGCGCCAGCGGGCUCGGCGACUCACAAGAGGCCAGGGCCAUCACCAGGGAGCUGUCAGACAAGCUGCACGAGCUGAAGCGCGGCAUGGAGCGAGCUGUAGUCAAUCGUGUUGUUGAAGACUUCAUCGACGUCGCUGCACCUCUCAGACACUUUGCUGAUGCUGUUAAUGCACCAGAAGGUAGUCCAGGUCGUGAGGCCAACUUCCUAGAGCGAGCGAGUGCGCUGCAGGCGUUCAGCGCCCGUGCAGCUGCAGCAGCAGGAGUGGUGGCGGCUGCAGCACACGACAAGCGUCUCGCAGACCAGCUCAUACACAACAAGAGAGAGGUGGAAAAGUUGUCUCCGCAACUUAUCGCAGCUGGAAAAAUUCGACUUCAUUACCCUGACAGCAAGGUGGCGGAAGAGCAUUUCAAUAAUUUGAAGAAUCAAUAUGCGGAUGCUGUCCUUCGUGUGAGAGAUUUGUGCGAUCAAGCCGUCGAUCCUUUGGACUUUGUGAGAACUGCUGGUGAAUUAAUGCAGAAACAUACAUAUCUGUGUGAGGACGCGAUACGUAACAAUGACGCACAGAAAAUGGUCGACAACACAUCUGCUAUCGCCAGGUUGGCAAACCGCGUGCUGUUGGUUGGUGGUGCAGAGUGUGAGAACACAGAGGACGGGGAGUUCGGGAGGGCGCUGACUGCGGCUCAGCAGCGGCUGCAGGCCAGCAUCCCGCCAGCAGUGCGCCUCGCCAAGCGGGUUGCGCUGGGGGAGCGCGCAGCAGUGCCCGGCUGGCGCACAGCUAACAACGAGAUAAUGAGUGCAGCGAGCGAGGUGGAGGGAGCUCUGUCUCGACACGCGGUGCGCGCCCCCGCACUGGCCGAGGCUCUGGGGGCGUUGCGGCUGACGGACACGCCCCCACCACGUCCACCCCCACCAGCCCCAACCCCGCCCACAUCCGGCCUGGCCCCGCCCCGCCCACCACCUCCAGACACAGAUGAUGAGGGAGAAGACAUCUUCCGUCGCCAGCCGCAUCCCAGCCAACCUAUUUUGGUGGCGGCACACAAUCUGCACCGCGCAGUGCGGGAGUGGUCCUCCAAAGAUAAUGAGAUCAUCGCAGCCGCCAAGCGCAUGGCCAUCCUCAUGGCGAGACUCUCAGACCUCGUGCGCUCAGACUCUAAAGGUAGUAAACGUGAACUGAUUGCUACCGCGAAGGCGAUCGCAGAGGCUUCAGAGGAGGUCACCAGACUGGCAAAGAAACUCGCUCUCGAAUGUACUGACAAGAGAAUACGUACUAACUUGCUGCAAGUGUGUGAGAGGAUCCCGACUAUUGGAACUCAGCUGAAGAUCCUGUCUACUGUGAAGGCGACCAUGCUCGGAGCUCAGGGCAGCGAAGAAGACCAAGAGGCGACAGAAAUGCUCGUCGGCAACGCACAGAAUCUCAUGCAGAGUGUAAAGGAAACAGUGAAGGCGUCAGAGGGCGCUUCUAUCAAGAUCCGUACCGAGCAGGAUGGGUAUCGUCUGCGUUGGGUACGCCGCUCUCCAUGGUACCAGAUUUAAACACAACCGUACCAGAUUUAUACACAACCGUACCAGAUUUAUACAUGAUAUUAAAUCUGGAUUCAUUCGUACCAAAUACAACAAUUUCGGUACAUAAUACAAUACAGUUUCUUUUAA